AUGGGACCUACCAUCGUUCCCUUCCCCUGGACACCAACCCAUACAACUUUACACGUGUAGACGAAACACCAGGCAUAUCAACCCCAUCGACCACCAUACCUUUACCCAUCAAUAACCUUCCCGCCAUCCUCCCACUUUUCCGGAUCGGCUUGCUUGCCUGGACGGACAUCCGUGUACCAAACCUUCGAGUUGAGACACACCUGUGACAUUGUACUAUCACCACAGCCGAGCUAUCUACUGUCUAGAGUAGUGUUGUUGAGUGGCAAUUCAACAGCGUCUUUACAUCCGAAGCCACUCGAUCUGUGUUGAAGCCAUCACCCACUAUCGAUCGGCCAUGGCCAGUCCCAUCGGAAAUCUCAUUCAUCCGCCGGACCCUCCAUACCGGCAAGGAUCGGGCCAAGCUCCCGGUAUAGACUCGAUUCUCCACAGUCGUCAACCACAUCCGGGUCCGAAUCCGAUCCACCACCUCAGUCCCAUCGGUAACCGGCCCGGAGUUGGAUCUGGCUUGUCUCUUGCUCCACUAUCCUUUCCUAGUCCUUCUCAUCCCAUUCCGCCGCCAUCACAUCUUCCAUCGCAAGCCCAUCGACCAUCACUGCCGUCACCGGUCCACAAUCCUCCUCCACCACCGUUGUCGAGGAGUCACUCCAACACACAAUCACUUUAUCAGUGUGCCGACUGUUUACGACGGUAUUCUCGGCCUGAACACUUACAGAGACAUAUAGCGACCCAUACUCUCGGGAAGCGUUUCAUUUGCGAUAUAUGCUCAAAAGCCUUUGCCCGAGCUGAUCUCCUAAAGCGUCACCGCACCAACCACCAAGAUGACAAUGGAGCCAAAAGGAGACGCAUGAAUUCCUCGCCUGGUGCUGGACGCGUGACGCAUGCUUGCCAGGCUUGUGCGAAGGCGAGAGUGAAGUGUGAAGAGGCGAAGCCAUGUACACGAUGUAAAAAUCGAGGGAUAAGCUGCGAAUAUGGCUCCUCAGAAGACGCAGCUCUGCAUCUCCUUCAUCUAUCCGCCCACGAUCGCGCUCAGGGCUAUGACUAUGAGGAUCGACAAGCUUCCUACUACCCACGACCUUCGAUUUCCGAGCCUCAUGCGUCUGGCUUCCACACACAUUACCCUUCGGAACCAGUUGAACACAGUCCCAUGCUCACCGAAAGCGAGGAAUCCCAUCUACCGACUCCCGAAACGAUAAUGGACCAGACGCAAACUGCCAACCCAAACCCAGAACAAGCCUUUCAAGUCCAAGCAACCUAUCCCCACAACAACACAAGUAACAUGCUCGACGACAUGGCCAAACUCCCCUUUUCCGACUUUCUUCGGGACGUUUUGUACGACCAAUCGCUCUCCCAGGCUCAGGGGCUGGCAGUUCUUGACUUUUGCGAUGACUCCAGUCUUGACCUGAAUGCCAUGGACUUUGGGUUUUUGGACUACUGGUUACAUGAUGAGCCUUUUAUCCCGCUUCCCUCUUCUGAUCCAGCUCAGCUCGGUCCAAGCUCAGGCCCAAUUUCGUCGUCGACCACCACAGCAGAGACAGGUCAAACGACUUCAGAUCCCGUGAACAUAUCCGCCAUGCGACCAAAACUAGCUCAGAUAUGGACCGACUCCCCCUGGCGCUGGACCCCCCAGCGAACGGAUAACGUCUACGCCGAACAAUCACACUUGCCUCUCUCAACAUCCGGAUCCUCAUCGCCCUCGUUCUCUCCCAAAUCGGCACUCAAACGCAAGUCAUCCGAUCUUUCUCCUUCACAACCAACCGACAACAACAACAACAACAAUAAAGCAACCCAACAGCAGCAAAACUCCGGGUCCCAGGGGCAGCAGCAACUAAUAACCCUCAACCAGCACACUCUUCACUCCUCGGGCCGCGACCUAAUCCUCUCCAUAGUCCUCUCCAUCUGCAAAUCCAACUCGUCCCAGUUUUCCAGGGUUGCCUCUUCGUUUCCUUCUUCGGGGUCCAUCAACCAUUGGAUCCACAUCUUUUUGGCUUCGCAUAUAUGUUCCGUGUCGAGUUUUAUUGCUUGUCAUUUACCUCCUCCUCCUUCUUCUUCUUCUACUUCUGGUUCUGGCUCCGGCACAAAGGACCGCUCCCCCUCGGCGCUCUACUGGUCCCUCAACGCCCAACCCCCCGAAUGGCUCGCCAUCACCGCCGCCUGCGGCGCCGUCCUCGCGCCCGUGCCCGCCCUUCGUAAAUUCGGCUUCGCCCUCCAAGAAGCCGUCCGCGUCUCGAUCCCCGGCCGCUUCGAAGAGAACAACUCCAAAGUGUCCGACCUCGGGCUCGUCCAAGCCCUCGUCCUCACGCAGGACCUCGGCGUCUGGUCUGGCAACCGGCGCAAGAUGGAGAUUGCCGAAUGCCACCUGACGGUCCCCGUCGCCAUGAUGCGCGGCCGAGGGAAAUUCACCCGCGGCGCUUACCUCCCCGCCAUCGUAGUGACGGAAGCCGACGAAGGCAAGGAGCUCGAAGACAAGUGGAAGCGGUGGAUGGAGAUGGAAUCCUGGAAACGACUAGCGUUCCAUGCGUACCUGCGCGACGCGCAAGUGAGCAUGACGCAGCUGAACAAUCCCAGCAUCAGCUACGCGGAGAUGCGCAUGCCGUUACCGGGCCCGAAAGAAUGUUGGUUCGCGCGCACCAAAGAAGAGUGGAAGUCUCGGUGGUUAGCUGCCGCUGCAUCCUCGUCCUCCACCAUGGACGAACAAGUCCCGUGCCUCGGCGACUUACUGCGGGACGUGACCCUCUUGGUCCGCCAUCACCAUAGACUAGACGUCCAGUUCGCUAUCAGCAUCUACUUGCAUGGUUUCUGGUCGCUGAUCUGGGAGUACCGCCAACUGGCGUCGAUCCAUCGCCCCCUGUUCGGACAACCGUCGUCGUCUUCCUCAUCCACCUACACCUCCACAUCCCCGUUCAAUAACCCCAAUGCAACAACCACGCAAUCCCUCCUCAUCUCUCGACUCGCCGACCUCCGCACUACCUUGCACCAAUUCCACGCUUUAGUCUCCCCCCCUUCUUCUCCGUUGUAUUCAUACACAACACCCAAUGAACUCCUCCUCCUCCAUCUUUUACUCAUGCACAUCCACGUCUCUCUCGAAGACCUGCAGCUCUUUUCGGGAAAAGAAGGCGAAGAGCAAGCUAAAAGGAUUUAUCCGGUCCUGCAGCGGUGGGCGGAUAGUAGCGAGGCGCGACAGGCGCUGUGGCAUGCGGGGCAGGUACUCAGAGAGUUUUGGGCGGCCGCGGUGCAUCUGGGCGGGUUGGCGGUUUGGGGGUGGGGGGUGUUGCAGACUGCGAGGGGGGGUGUUGUUAAUUCUAAGGAUUCUACCACUAGGGAGUCAAAGGGGGGGAAGGAGAGGGAGAGGGAGAAGGGGCAGCAGCAGCAGUCCCAUCAUGAGGGACCGGCAAGAAGUCAUCAUCAAAUGUCGAGCUACAUCCAACAAGUGAUGAUGACGCCUACCACCACCACCACCACUGCCAUCUCCUCGUCCUCCUCCUCAACCACCACCACCCCAGGACUCACAACGCACCACCCCACACAAACCCUCCUUCUCCAAUCAACCUCAACCUCAACCUCCCACGACGACGACAGCAGGGACAGCAGCAGCAGCAGCAGCAGCAGCAGUGAAACAUACAGGGGGGCGGUGGUACCACUAGACGACAUAGCAACCUGCAUGGCCAUCUGCCAAGCGAUCCUCAGAGAUAAUUUCCCUGCCGCUUCUUCUGCUUCUUCUUCUUCUUCAUCUCCCGACGGGACUACUACUACUAGUAGCUCCACCUCUACCUCCACCUCCCUCCUCCCGGCGAUAAGCGAGAAUAUAGUGGCUUUGCUGGGGAAGUUGGGGGGUGUUGCGGGGGUUGUUGGUGGUGGUAGUUCUAGUCAUCAUAAUGGUGGUGGUAAUAAUGGUGGUGGUAAAUAAUCGUCGUGGUGGUGGUGGUGGUGGUGGUGGUGGUGGUGAUGAGUCAGGUUCUGGUUCAGGUUCAGGUUCGAGGGGUGGUUGAGUUAUGGAGUGUGGUAAGAUGCUGUAGGAUAUAUUGUAAGCAGGCAGGCACAAAGACGGACGGAUGGAUAGAUGGCUGGAUCAUCGUGGCUUGUGGCAUUUGUAGGAAUGGGGAUAUUCCGGGCGUCUGGGAUAUUGGGUUAUAGCAUAGUAUAGCAGAGCGGGAGUUACUUGUUGGAUCAAUGUUAGCGCUGCAUUCGUUGCUUUGC